UGCUUACAUUUGCAGAGUCGCAAAAUGAAGGUUCUGACCCGAAAAGUGGUGACAGCAACUUUGGCUUUUCAAAAACAUCGGCAGAAUGUUGAUUUGACUUCUUCACAUGGUGGCUCAUCUACAUCGCAGCAACUUGUUGAAACGCUAGGAUAAAAGUCGAACACUUAAAUCAGAACAAGAAAUGAUAAAGAAAAUGGCAAGCUCUCUUUUAUUUUAGUAUUUUAAAAUAUUUAUAUGCAUGCAUGACCGGUCAUUAUUUUUUAAAAACUUUUGAAUUUCUUUUCUGAAUUCGGUUUAGGUGAAAAGGAUAAGCCUAGAAGAGGACUCACUAUGUGCUACAAUGUCCAUGGACUUAGCAAAGAAAAACACUUGGGAAUUACUUUGAAUGAGCAUGGACAACCUGUUGGUCAUCAUGAUGACAAAACAUGCAACGAGUUCACUAGCUUUUCAGGAACAAUAGCUCGAAAACCAAAUAUUCUACCAUUGACUGUCAAUAAUUGGCCCAUACUAAGGAAUAAGAAGAAAGAACUCUGGGAUUAUGUCUUGAAACAUUAUAUUGUUGCAUUAAUGAAGGAAGUUGAAAAGAAGCAUGAUAAGGAGGUUGAAGCUAUGCAAAGGAAUUACGAGGAUAAAAGACAACAAGAUAGAAGGGAUAUGACAAAUGGUCUUCGCUCCUUCUUUUCUCAACUUUAGCAACAAAAUCCUCAAAUGUCUUUUAAUCUAGACAUGUUCGGCUCUUUAUUUUUUUUAUAGUAAAUCCGAGAAGGAUGGUAAUUUGACAAACAUGCUUUAACUUCAUUCUUUAGUUACUACAUCUAAGUAAGGUACAAACCCCUUGAUUUCUAUGCUAGGCAAAGUAGUAGAGGUAGAUAUUGACAAAGGUUUUUUUUUUUUUUUUUUUUUUUUUUUUUUGGUGCAUUUGAGAGAUAAUAUGAAGUUUAAUUGUUUGUGUAACAAAUGAAAUCAUCCAAGCCAUUUUAACUUUUAUUUUAUAAAUUAUUUUUUUUUUUUUUGUACUUUUCAUUAUGUCAUUAGUUAUGCAUUUAUGUUGGUACAUUGAAAUAUAUUUAUUCUAGGCUUUUUUAUUUUUUAUUUUUUAUUUUAUAGGGAUUGAAUAGUAUGGAAAGUGAGUAAUAAGAAGAUGAAGAAGACAACAAGUGAGAAGAAGAAUGUGACGUCAUCAAUCAAUCUGAAUUUGCUUUAAGUUGUACAUUGUUACUUAUCGUUCAAACACAUUUUUUUUCUUCAAUUAAUUAGCUAGACUAAAAGUAUGCCUGCAAUGUACUCCAAAACAGGUUGUUGAGAUGUAAUGGUAUUAAAAACAUGUUGAUAUAUUUUUUUUUUUUAUAUAUAUUACAAAUUUUACUACUUUGGAAUCAUUUAGUUAAAUGUUUACAACAUAUUUUGAUGUUCGACAUUUUGAUGUUUAACGUAGUAUAACAAUAAAUGAUACUACAAUAGAAAAAAUAGUCGAUUCAUUUUAGUUUUUUCAAUCUAUAUAUACCAG